AUAGAAAGGGACAGGGAUUGUUCAAGGCUGYUCAACAUGGGAUCUAUAGACUUUGAGAAGUUGAUUCUUGAAGAAAUUGCGAACUCUGGUCAUCUAAAUACUUAUGAAUUUGCCAAGGAUCUGCAACAGGAUCAUCAGCUUAUUGUAGGCGCUAUAAAAAGCAUACAAUCUGUUGGCGAGAUUAUUAAUACUGAGCAAUGCCAACAAGAAAAUCUAGUUUUGACUGAAGAAGGGGUUCUAAUCGCUGACAAGGGAAGUCAUGAGGCUUUGCUGUACAAUGAUAUCCCUUCAGAAGGCAUAAAACAAGCAGAUAUAAAGAACCUUGGACCUAAUGCAUCUAUUGGAUUUAGUAAAGCAAUGUCUUCUGGUUGGCUAAGAAUUGAUAAAAGUGCUGAAGGAGGACCAAGAGUUUACAAAAAGGUUGAGUCAAUCGAAGACAGUGUACAGCAGUCACUGAUCAAAAUAUUAAAUAAUGAGUAUAAGGAAAUGGCUGAUGCAAAGAUAAAAGAACUCAAGAAAAGAAAGCUUGUUGCAACUCAAAUAAUCAAAAGCUUCACUGUUACAAAAGGAAAAGACUUCAGUUUAUCAGUGAAAAGACUUGAGGCUGAUCUAACUGCUGACCUGUUGCUAAGUGGUUUGUGGGAGGAGUUGACUUUCAAGCCAUAUAACUUUGAUGCUUUGGGUGCAAGUCUGCCAUCUGGUCAUCUCCACCCACUGAUGAAAGUCAGAUCACAGUUUAGGCAGAUCUUCUUAGAAAUGGGGUUCACAGAAAUGCCUACYAACAACUUUGUAGAGAGUUCUUUCUGGAAUUUUGACACUUUGUUUCAACCACAACAACAUCCAGCAAGGGACGCACAUGACACUUUCUUCUUAUCAGAUCCAGCAGUUUCAAAAUUAGAAGAAAUGCCACAGUCUUACAUUGAAGCUGUCAAGAGAACUCAUGAACAUGGUGGAUAUGGAUCACAAGGAUACCAAUAUGAC